CCGGCGCCAUGGCCGAGCGGGGCCGCCUCGGCCUCCCCGGCGCGCCCGGCGCGCUCAACACGCCGGUGCCCAUGAACCUGUUCGCCACCUGGGAGGUGGACGGCUCCAGCCCCAGCUGCGUGCCCAGGUUGUGCAGCCUGACCCUGAAGAAGCUGGCUGUGCUCAGGGAGCUGGAGAAGGAGCUCAUGUCUGUGGUGAUAGCUGUCAAGAUGCAGGGUUCCAAAAGGAUCUUGCGCUCUCAUGAGAUUGUACUGCCCCCAAGUGGACAAGUGGAAACUGACCUUGCCCUGACCUUCUCUCUGCAGUAUCCACACUUCCUGAAGAGAGAAGGCAACAAACUCCAGAUCAUGCUACAACGCAGAAAGCGGUACAAGAACCGGACAAUCCUAGGCUACAAGACACUGGCUAUGGGCUCCAUCAACAUGGCUGAGGUAAUGCAGCACCCCUCCGAGGGCGGCCAGGUGUUGAAUCUCUGCAGCAGCAUUAAGGAGGCCUCUGUCAAGGUGGCUGAGAUCUGGAUCGUCUCCUUGUCCAGCCAGCCCAUUGACCACGAGGACAGCGCCAUGCAGGCUGGGCCCAAGACCAAGUCCACAGAUAACUACUCAGAGGAGGAGUAUGAGAGCUUUUCCUCGGAGCAGGAGGCCAGCGAUGAUGCUGUACAGGGGCAGGAUCUGGAUGAGGACGACUUUGAUGUGGGAAAGCCCAAGAAGCAGCGGCGAUCGAUAGUAAGAACGACGUCCAUGACCAGGCAACAGAACUUCAAGCAGAAGGUUGUGGCACUGCUACGGAGAUUUAAAGUGUCAGAAGAGGUUCUGGAUUCUGAGCAGGACCCUGCAGAACAUGUCCCCGAGGCAGAAGAGGACCUGGACCUCCUCUAUGACACUCUGGAUGUUGAUAACCCCAGUGACAGUGGUCCCGACAUGGAUGAUGACGACAGCGUGCUCAGCACCCCCAAACCCAAGCUCAGGCCGUACUUCGAAGGCCUGUCUCAUUCCAGCUCACAAACGGAGAUCGGGAGCAUCCACAGUGUCCGGAGCCAUAGAGAGCCUCCAAGCCCCGCAGAUGUCCCUGAGAAGACACGGUCCCCCGGAGGCCAGCAGCCAAGUGACAGCAUCUCUGACACAGUGACUCUUGGUGUAUCAGACCCACGAGAGCCAGCAGUGCCGCCCGAGGACAGCCCAGAGGCUGAGACCUCCACCCUGGAUGUGUUCACUGAGAGGCUGCCGCCCAGUGGGAGGAUCACCAAGACAGAGUCUCUGGUCAUCCCCUCCACCAGCAGGCCUGAGGUCAAGCCAGCUGGCCGCCGGGGCCGGAGCACAUCCCUGAAGGAGCGACAGCCUGCCCGGCCACAGAACGAGCGAGCAAAUAGUCUGGACAACGAGCGCUGCCCCGACACACGGAGCCAGCUGCAGAUCCCCAGGAAGACGGUGUACGACCAGCUGAACCAUGUCCUCAUCUCGGACGACCAGCUUCCAGAGAACAUCAUUCUGGUCAACACCUCUGACUGGCAGGGGCAGUUCCUCUCAGAUGUCCUCCAGAGGCACACGCUCCCCGUGGUGUGCACAUGUUCCCCCGCAGACGUCCAGGCGGCCUUUAGCACCAUUGUCUCGCGCAUCCAGAGAUACUGCAACUGCAAUUCCCAGCCCCCCACCCCAGUGAAGAUCGCCGUGGCGGGAGCCCAGCACUACCUCAGCGCCAUCCUGCGGCUCUUCGUGGAGCAGCUGUCCCACAAGACGCCGGACUGGCUCGGCUACAUGCGCUUCCUCAUCAUCCCCCUGGGUUCCCACCCUGUGGCCAGGUACCUGGGCUCCGUGGACUACCGCUACAACAACUUCUUUCAGGACCUGGCCUGGAGAGACCUGUUUAACAAGCUGGAAACUCAGAGCACUGUGCAGGACACGCCAGACAUCGUGUCACGCAUCACCCAGUACAUCGCGGGCGCCAACUGUGCCCACCAGCUACCCAUCGCUGAGGCCAUGCUGACCUACAAGCAGAAGAGCCCUGAUGAAGAGUCGUCCCAGAGAUUCAUUCCCUUUGUUGGGGUUGUAAAGGUUGGAAUUGUGGAACCAUCGUCAGCCACAUCAGGUGACUCCGAUGACGCGGCCCCCUCGGGCUCCAGCGUGCUCUCCUCCACCCCACCGUCCACAUCCACAUCUCCCGCAGCCAAGGAGGCCUCGCCCACCCCCCCUUCUUCCCCAUCAGUGAGCGGAGGCCUGUCCUCCCCCAGCCAGGGUGUCGGCGCUGAGCUCAUGGGGCUACAGGUGGACUACUGGACAGCGACCCAACCCACAGACAGGAAGAGAGAUGCCGAGAAGAAGGACCUGCCCACCACCAAAAACACGCUCAAGUGCACUUUCCGGUCCCUCCAGGUCAGCAGGCUGCCCAGCAGCGGUGAGGCUGCGACCACCCCCACCAUGUCCAUGACUGUGGUCACCAAGGAGAAGAACAAGAAGGUGAUGUUUUUGCCUAAGAAAACGAAGGACAGGGAUGUGGAGUCCAAAAGCCAGUGCAUCGAGGGCAUCAGCCGCCUGAUCUGCACAGCCAAGCACCAGCAGAACAUGCUGCGGGUCCUCAUCGAUGGCGUGGAAUGCAGCGAUGUCAAGUUCUUCCAGCUGGCUGCCCAGUGGUCCUCACAUGUGAAGCACUUCCCCAUCUGCAUCUUCGGACACUCCAAAGCCACCUUCUAGCUCCACCCAUGGAGGGGCCAGCACAGGACAGUGGAGGAAAUUGUCCUGCCCUUGGUGGCCAUUGUUGGAGGGGCAGCUGCAUUUCUGUUAACACUUGUUUACUACAGAGACAGACCCUUAAAACACAAAGAAACAGUCUUAAGUAUGAAUGUGCUCAGAGCCUGGAAACUGAGGGACAGGUAGCUCUCUGAUGGGUGCCUAGUAACUGCUCUGCUUAUUAACCAGAAAGUCUGGCUGAGUGAGAGGCUGGAGAGCUGAGGGAAGUGCAUUCUGGUCUCAGGAGCCCCUAGAGUCUGCAAGAAGGAGGGUUCUUGCCUUUGAAUCCUGUCUUACCUGGAAGCAAGGAUGCUACUUCCUCGGGGAGCCCUUGGUAGGCACAGGCUGUGGAGCUUGGUGACCGGAGGCUGAAGACCAUGGGCAUGUUCUGCCCCUUGUGUGAGAUGAUACCCCACUCCUACCCUGGCUCCGUCCAGCCUUACGGUGGAAGUUUUACAGUAGAUCUUUCUAAUGCUCUCAAAGACAUAUAACUACCGACGUAGCUGCCAAACAUGUUGCUCUCAUGAAGUCCCCUUGAGGCUGGGCUGAGCCAGUGGAACCCACCCCCCCCCUGCCUUGCUCUCUGCUCUGGUUGCUAAGGCACUGCUAGUCUUCUGUUUAUCUUGCUGCCCCAGACUCGUCUGCACAGCCCUGUGUAGCCCCUGCAAAUGUCCUCGAGUCUGGACUGGAAAACAGGAAGUGAAGUUGGGGUCUCCCUGAAGUCCCAUCUGCUGUGCCCUCUCACCCCUGCCCCACCUGCUAGACAGGAGCACCCAGAACUGGCCACAUGGUGAACUGAGAUACAGAGAGCCAAAUAUGCAUAUGACGCCUACAGCAACAAGAUGGCCAAUGAGAGCUAGAGCAGGCUGGCCUGAGUGCAGAAGCCAGGCAGGCCACGGAGCCGAGACCCCUCCAGGCCAAGCCUCUGGGAGCAAGCCACACGCCAGCCCUGGGCUUCCUACCUGGGUGGCAGCCCUGCCCUCUGCCAGAGAAGAUAGGCUGAGCUGCAUCAAGACCCAUCCUUCUCCCAGCAAGGCCCACACCCUGGAGUCCCCACCUGGCUUCCAUUCCCUUGGUGGUGGCAGUAACCCUCCCAGGGACUCCGGUAUACCCCACAGGGAAGUUCUGAGCCAGUGUCGUAAGAUCAAGAGCUGCACAAGGCUAUGCUCAGACUGCCAAAUGCAGGCCAAGCCAAGUCACAAAGGAGUCCCCGCUUUCUGAGGUGCAAGGUGGCCUGUUUUUCUUACUGAGAUCUACCUGCAUUAAUGCCUGCUCCCCUCCUCCCAGGUAGAUGAAUAGAUAGGGCUUGUUUUUCCAGAGUGAGGACCCUGGGGCUGGGCCUGGAAUCUUGGGUUGGCUCUAGAUCCCUGGGUGGCCUGAACAGAAUGCCAGAUGUAGGGCACUGCUGAACUGCACUGAGGAAUGGGGGGCGGGGGUGGGGGUGGGGGCAGGGCUGAUCCGAUCCGAUCUGGCCGCUAUAAAACCUGGGCCUUGGUAAGAAGGAUCUGACGUGGCUCUCUAGAGUCAAGACAACAGGGAGCUAGCUCAGUUCCUGGCUACCAGCAGCCCCUUUCCUGGAGACUUCCCUCCGGCACACACAUCUCACUGGCCUUGCACACACAAGGGGAGGGCACGGGCAGAACCUCUGUCCAGCAGCUGGCCCUGGGCUUUGCCCGUACAGCCUAGCAAUUGAACAUCACGUAGCCACCAUCACAGCAUACCCUGCCUGGGGGUGGUGCUGUCAAGACACCUGUGCCUCAGUUUCCCCAUCAGUUUUUAAAGAGGGAUGGUCACGUUUCCCCUGCCUACCUCAUGGAGCUGUUUUGAGGAUUUGUGGAAAAGCACUUUGUCCCCCUAGAAGGACAACUGGAAGCCAAAGCCAUCUGAUGGCCAGUGUAGCAGCUGGGGACCGUGGGGAGUGGCGUGAGGCGUGCGUGCCCUCAGGCCUCAGCCCUGAGGUCGCCCCUGUCCUAAAGGCUCAGCACUGCCCAGCCACGGGGCAGUGGGCAUCGCUGGGCUCCUCUGGCCUGGCUUGCUGUCUCCGUGGUGUGGGCAGACUCCAGCGCACCCGUGCCCAAGGAGACCCGCCUUCCCUGGCGCCGCCCCCACUCGGCAGGCGGGCCGGGCCAGCCGCACCUCCCUGCAGGGGUCACCCCUUCCACUGUCGUCCACCCUGGAAGACCUGACCGCCUCCAGCCUCCGUCCUCCCGAGAACGUCCGCCGCUUCCUCCCGGAGCCGGCCCGCCCACGGCCGGCCGGGCCUGAGACUUCGGCCUCCAGGGUGUGUGUGUUGCUCCCCCGUCCGGCUUCAGUGUAAAUAGCUUUUCCGAGCAGACGCUGGUCGGCCGCGGCCCUGUGGACGACUUUACGGUGCUGACGCGACACUAAUAAACCGAGGG